AUGGGCUGCUGUUCCACCAAAGAGCAGGUCGGCGUCCAGGAUGGCGUCCCAUCGCAAGGUGUGUCUCCUGCAAGCUCUCGAAAGUGCCGAGAUGUGCCCUGCGCCGUAUUCUUCACAGUUUUCUGGCUUGGUAUGAUUGCUAUUGCUGCUGUCGGACUGAUACACGGUGAACCCAGACGACUUCUCUACGGAGCGGACUACAACGGCUCCACAUGCGGCACUGGGAAGCAUCAAUAUCAACCGUUGACGUUCUAUCCUCGCGUCACGCAGGACUUGCUGGAGCAGGCAUCAAAUCCGUCUUUAGCUCCUGAAGAUUUUUCAUUUUACGGUGUCUGUGUAGCAAGAUGUCCGGGCGCCGGCACUUAUAUCUGCAGCUACGAAGCUGAAGAAGAGAUUCAAAGCGAUACGUCGCUUUCCACCGACAAAGAGCGCGAAGAGGAGCGCAAAUCGAGAGCUGUGGACCGAAUGGUAUUUCCCAGUGAAAAACAAUGUUGGCUGGUAGCUUUGCCGAGUGAGCAAGUGCUCUACCGUUGUCUUCAGAUCACGGAGCUGAACUCUUCGUCUGUAGAGAAAUGUGUGGUCCCAGGCGACGAACCCAAGUAUUACGACGAGGUGAAUGGUGUGCGAGUGCCGAACGAAAAGUGCGAGAUCAAGCGCGUUAUUACCACGUCCGAGUCAAUGGAGCCGGCACAAGAAAACCCGCUUUACUCGACGCUUCAGACUGUGGGUGCCAGCGUUGGUCGAGUAAUUGGUGAUCUGCAGGAAACGUGGCCAGUUUUUCUUCUUUGUGGCGGCGUUCUUGCACUCGUUUUGAGCUAUGCAUUCGUGAUUCUGCUGAGAUUUUGUGCUGGUUGCAUUGUGUGGAUCACAUUGUGGAGUUUUGUGUUGCUGUUGCUACUAUUUGCCUUGAUGCUAAGUACCAAGGGAGGUAUCAUCGGCAGCUCGGAUCUUCAUGCUCUCACUUCAGAGAUCGCUACGGUCGCAGCAGCAGCAGGUGUGGACACCUCCGAGGCAAAUACGACAGCAAUCGUACUUCCCCAGACACUACAAGCAAGUCAAGAUAAGCAGAAGGCUUAUGCUGUAGCAGCUUACGUUGUAUACGCAUUGGCUGGCGUCGCAUUGUUGCUUGUUUGUUUCUUUCAGAAGAAAAUUCGCAUUGCUGUUGGUAUCGUGAAGGAGGCUUCGCGUGCCAUGCAGAGUCUACCACUGCUGGUGUUAUUCCCGAUUAUUCCAUUCGUAAUGCUGCUGAUAUUGUUCGCAUAUGCGGCUAUCGUCGGGGCGUACAUUUACAGCUCAGGAGAGAUGCAGUUAGCUUCACUGGCAGGAGAACUUGCGGACCAGGCUGGACAGAACAUAACCACAGAAGCGACUACGACUUUAAACAAGGUGAACCCCGACCAAACAAUGAAAUUACUGGUAGCAUACCACUUCUUCGGCUUCUUGUGGACAGCUCAGCUCAUUAAUGCAAUAAGUAUGUGCACAAUAGCUGGUGCUGUGAGUCGCUACUAUUGGAGUCGCAACAAGUCCAGCGAGGAAAUGGGACGUUUCCCUGUGCUUACAUCGUUCAAGAACUGCUUCCGUUACCACUUUGGGUCACUCGCGUUCGGGUCUUUCAUUAUUGCAGUGGUGCAGUUUAUCCGAGCGGCACUGCUGUAUCUGGAUCACCAGACGAAAGAUCUCCAGCAAUCCAAUCUGGUUCUUAAGGUGGUUAUGAAGAUUGUGCAGUGCUGUUUGUGGUGUCUGGAAAAGUGCCUGCGCUUUUUAUCCAAAAACGCUUACAUCCUCAUCGCCAUGAAGGGCCACAGCUUCUGUGUGUCAGCCAAGGAUGCGUUCAAGAUCUUACUGACCAACAUUGCACAGGUCGGUGCCGUAUCGACCGUGACGUUUUUACUAUUAGGUGCUGGCAAGUUGGCUGUCGCGCUGAGCUGUGCCAUCGCAACUUUCGCCUACUUAGAAAAGAACACCGACGACUAUGGCGUCGGCGGAGAUCACGAGCUAUCAUCUCCCUUAGCUUCGAUCCUGGUGGCACUACUGCUUGGCUGGUUCGUUGCUUCGACCCUUCUUGGCGUCUACGAGAUGGCUAUCGAUACUAUUCUGCUGUGCUUCUGUGAGGACAAGGAGCUCAAUAAGGAGUCGGCUCAAUAUUUUAUGAGCGAUUCGCUAAAGAAGUUCGUUGCCAAAGUUGCUCAGACAGAAUCGCCAAUUGCCAAAAUUCAGGUCGAUGAACGCUAG